AUGUUUAGUUGUUUCAACAACUUAGGCCUUGAUUAUUGUUAUCAAUGCAUGCAUGGUCCUGAAGGAUGUAUGGUACCGAGUCGUCAAGGAGAUGGAGGGGAAUUGUAUGCACACUCUGAAGAGCUGGAAGCGAAACUCCGAGGAUUAGCAAAAAAAGAGAGUUUGGAAAUUGAAAAAUCCCUUGAGAAUGACAAGAAAACCUAUGGAUCACAUAUCAAGAUACUCAUUCUUGGGGGACCAUCCAGUGGCAAGAGUACCAUUUUUAAACAAAUGCAAAUCAUUCAUUCCAAUGGCUUCAAAACAGAACAGGAACUAAUUCAGUAUCGUGGUCUCAUUGAUACAAACAUUCGUCAGACGUACCGCCAGCUAGUCAGCGGCGCACGAGUCGUUGGCAUCUCCCUUGAGUCUUUGGAAUCGCUUGUUCACGAUAUUAACAAAGUCUACGCUCCAAUGGCUGCCGAUGAGUUUUCUAUUCGAACAAUCCCUGAUGUCGUUGAACCUCUGACUGCCUUCUGGAACUCACGGGAAAUUCAAGAGGUUUACAAGCGGAGAUACGAAUUCGAGCUGCUAGAUUCGACGAAAUAUUAUUUGGAGAACCUCAAUCGGAUUUCAAAGUCAGACUAUCUUCCGAACGAGGAAGAUAUCGUCCAUUCUCGGAAAGCGACUGUCAGCAUAAACAGCAUUGUUUUCCAAUACACCGGUGUCUCAUUACUAAUGGUUGAUGUGGGCGGUCAAAGAUCGGAGAGAAAGAAGUGGCUCCAUUUAUUCGAUGAUGCGAAAGUUGUCAUAUUUGUCAUCGAUUUGACUGGAUACGCGAAGAAAUCUGAAGAGAGUCGAACGGAGCUCAGCCGAUUUCCAAAUUUUUUCAACGAAAUUGGAAAUGAUGCAUUCGAUAUGAAAGUGGCUCUGAAGAUUUUCAACGAUGUCGCUGGAUCACAUGCUCUUGCAAACGCUGUCUUCUUACUGUUCUUCAACAAAGUCGACCUUUUCAAAGAGCUUCUUCCACAAGUGAGCCUGCAACCAUGCUUCUCAAAGUUUGCAGAAGAGAAUUCAUACGACAAUACAAGCAAGUUCAUUUGCGAUAAGUUCAUUCGAGCAGCGAAACCAAAGAAAUCCGUGUUCCCUCACUUCACCACAGCAACAAAUACGGAAAAUAUCAAAAUGGUGUUUCGCGCUUGCAUGGAGAGCGUCUUCAAGGCAAAUUCAAAGGCUACAGGACUCAGUUGA